GUAGGGCCAUUCCCUGGCAUCUGAGCUAAUAUGCCGACAUCUCUUCCCUCCUUUCAUUUUUCCCCUCAGCCUUUAAAUACCUCACCAUUUUACCGUCUUUAAUCAGUAAUCACCAUUCCCAAUACUAAUUCGCCAAUAAGAUCUCCCCUGAAAAUCCACACACGCAUUCAAGAGAAAGCUGUUUUUUUCUUUUCGAAUAAUCGCGCUGAAAUGGCGAGCGGAAGAGUAGAUCUGGACGGGAAUGCGAUAAAACCGAUCACCAUAUGCAUGAUCGGCGCCGGAGGUUUCAUCGGCUCGCAUCUGUGUGAGAAGCUGAUGGCGGAGACGCCGCACAAGGUGCUGGCGGUGGACGUGUACAGUGACAAGAUUAACCACCUCCUCGAGCCGUCCUCCUUGCCCUGGGCCGAUCGCAUCCAGUUCCACCGCCUCAACAUAAAGAAUGACUCUCGCCUCGAAGGCCUCAUUCGCAUGGCGGAUCUCACCAUAAACCUUGCUGCUAUAUGCACACCAGCCGAUUACAACACACGUCCGCUUGACACAAUCUAUAGCAAUUUUAUUGAUGCUUUGCCGGUGGUUAAAUACUGUUCAGAAAAUGGCAAACGUCUCAUACAUUUUUCCACUUGUGAAGUUUAUGGGAAAACGAUUGGUUGCUUUUUACCCAAGGAUAGCCCUUUACGUCAGUUUUAUCUGUGGCUUAAUGAGAUAGUUUCUCGAGAAAGUGUCCCAUCAUCACUCUUCUUCUUUCAUCAGGACCCUGCGUACUAUGUCCUUACGGAAGAUGCGUCACCUUGCAUUUUCGGGCCUAUUGAGAAACAGAGGUGGUCAUAUGCAUGUGCAAAGCAGUUAAUUGAGAGGUUGAUCUAUGCUGAGGGUGCUGAGAAUGGCCUGGAAUUUACAAUCGUGAGGCCCUUCAACUGGAUUGGCCCACGGAUGGAUUUCAUACCUGGGAUUGAUGGCCCAAGUGAGGGUGUACCAAGAGUUCUAGCCUGCUUCAGCAAUGAAAAUCCGGCCAGGGCCAAUGGUCACAUAUUCAAUGUCGGCAACCCUAACAAUGAAGUCACAGUCAGACAGCUUGCUGAAAUGAUGACUCAGGCAAUCUCAAUAGUCUAUACAAAGGUUAGCGGAGAAUCUCCAGUCGAUACACCCACAAUUGACGUGAGCUCCAAAGAAUUCUACGGUGAAGGGUAUGAUGACAGUGACAAGAGAAUUCCCGACAUGACUAUAAUCAACCGCCAACUUGGAUGGAAUCCAAAGACAUCGCUUUGGGAUCUGCUUGAAUCCACUCUCACUUACCAACACAGGACUUAUGCUGAAGCCAUAAAGAAGGCUACUUCACAAGCAAUGGCCAGUUGAGAGAAAAGUGCUUCUGAUAUCAGUUUCCUUCAUGUGCUGCAAUUUGGAGGACCUUUCAUUUUUUAUUUGGCCUUUGUACUGUAUGCCUUUGUAUCUUUUGUGAGGGCUGUUCCAUUAAUUUUGACGCAAUAGUACAACUAGACGUUUGGUCAAAAGACUCAAGACAGUAUCCGUGGAUAUAAGAUCAGAGCGGAAAAGCUACUAUCAUAUUUUCCUUUGGUGAUUGUUGGUGUUGGCUGCAUGUUCUUAGUUUGUCUACAAGGGAGUGUGUUGUAUAAUUGUAUUUAUUUUUUGGUCAUCGU